UAAGAGGUGUUCUAUGUCCUGAACCGCAGUUAGUUCGUAGCUUCGGUCUGGGUGAGACGUAACCCUAGAACAUAGGGAAUGCUGGAUUGUCUGUCUUCACUUCAUUCACGUUUCUGUGGACAACACAUCUGUCAUACAACUCGUUGAUCGAUCCAGAGCACGUUCCUCGUCGAUCUUGCAAUUUGUGUCUUGCAGUCAUGGGAGACAGUCAGUAUUCUUUCUCGCUCACUACAUUCAGCCCAUCAGGAAAGCUUGUGCAGAUUGAGUAUGCACUCAUGGCAGUUGGCGCCGGACAGACCUCCCUCGGGAUCAAAGCCACGAAUGGAGUCGUAAUUGCGACGGAGAAGAAGUUGCCGUCUAUUCUUGUCGAUGAGACGUCGGUGCACAAAAUCCAAAAGUUAACCCCGAACAUAGGAGUUGUUCACAGCGGGAUGGGUCCCGAUUCGCGAGUGCUUAUCAGGAAAAGCCGAAAGCAAGCACAACAAUAUCAUAGACUUUAUCAGGAAGUGAUUCCUUUGUCUCAACUGGUCAGAGAAACAGCGGCUGUGAUGCAAGAAUUUACACAGUCUGGAGGAGUUAGACCUUUUGGUGUGUCACUUUUGGUGGCUGGUUAUGACGACAAUGGUCCUCAACUUUACCAGGUGGAUCCUUCAGGUUCUUACUUUUCGUGGAAGGCAUCUGCAAUUGGAAAGAAUGUUUCUAACGCGAAAACGUUUCUAGAGAAGAGAUACACUGAUGACAUGGAGCUAGAGGAUGCAGUUCAUACCGCGAUUCUUACUCUCAAAGAAGGCUUUGAGGGUCAAAUAUCAGGAAAGAACAUCGAAAUCGGAAUAGUGGGUGCUGAUCGUGUUUUCAAAGUUCUAACCCCAGCCGAGGUAGACGAUUACCUAGCGGAGGUGGAGUAAAAUGCUGUGUCCGGAGGCGCGCCAUAUACUUUUGUCCACAAGAAUCUAAUGACGGGAAAUGUUGUGGGCCUUUUACUUCUGGAAUGCCAAAUAGAAUCAAAGGUUCAAGUUUCCUGCAGGAUUGAAGACAUACAGAUUGUUAGGUUGUUCGACCGCAACUGUUAUACGCAGGAACCUCUCUGAAGGAAUUCAUGGAGCAUAGUAUAUACCUUGUGAGACGAGUGCAGUGCCGACUUGCACUGCUCUCGUCAAAUAGGCCAGAACGCAGUGAAGCAAACGACAGCUUCAAGUUUUGCAAAUUCUGGAAAUCUGUGCUGUCAUACUCUUCGCUUUGACAUUUUCAAGUUGUGUAUACUCCAGUGAACAGGUAUUUCGACCAGCAGGAGAUAUUGUACAUUUUUCAAGAAAUGGGUUGAGCUUUAUCCAGGUCAUGACAGGUCGACAUCAAUGUGAGAUUUGAAUUACUGUGUCGAGUGAUUGUACUGAAGUUGCUCGAGCAAGCUAGGAUUCUAGAUUCCAAAAUGGUUAGACUGGCAGAAAGUCUCGUUGUUACAAAGUCGGGUUGACAACAAAAAAGGUCCUGUUCCAGUCGAAAAUAUGGAUAAGACUAUGGGUCCUCCAAUCAAUGAUUAGUUACAGCAGGGAUGUGUUGGUACUGUGUACCAACACAUCCCAAAUUUCGACAAUACGUAACACGUCAAAGCUCAAACAGAUGUUCAAUCUAGCGAGAGAUAUCAAGUUCUGAAACCACCGACAAGAGGCCACAUCCUUUUGACUGUUGCCGUACCGUUGAGUAGGCAAUUCUGGGAUCCUGAAAUGUAACCUCUUAUGCACAACAAAUAAAGCACAGAAUGAUGUACCA